UGACAACCACGGCAUAACGUGAGGUUAACUGCUUUAUGUCUAGUACAGCACCUCAAACUGUUACCUUGCAAAUAAAAUGUCAUGUUUGCAAACAUCGUAAUUAAGGAAAGUCGCGGAAGGAAUUUUCGAAGACUUUCUAACGACAAAUACAAAUAUGUACAUGUGAAGGAUAACAGUGCAGAGGUGCAUUAUGAAUGUAUUGCAUGCGAUUACCAUAGCGCUGACCUGUUGGAAUUGCAAGGUCACAUUACUGAAAAUCAUACAGUAUUGCAAGUCCAGGCAAAGGUGACGAACGUUACAAAUGAUGAAGUGGAUCAAAUAUUAGAGGAAGUGGAUCAAGGGCUUGACGAUGCUGAAGAGUUGAUUCCAAAAGAUGAAGAAAGCGACAAUGAUAUUACAGUGGAUGAGUUUGACGUCCUUAGUAAGGCAUAUAAUCUUAUGCAAGAAGAGAAGAAAUGGAAACUAUCUACUGGAAAAUGCGUAGAGGACGAACUGUACUCGUUUGCCAGGCAAUGCACAUAUGAUCAACCCUUAUGAUGCCACAUACAUUCAAAAUGGAAUCUUUACACAGAGCGAGCUUGAAGAGAUCAAAGACUACAAUGCUGUGGCAAUGGAUAACUUACCGAAGGACCUUGUUGACUAUUUGAUGUUAUUUGACUGUGUAUGUAGCGCUUAGGGCAGAUUUAUGUGGAUGUGGUGUUCCAACCUCUUUUCUUCUAACGUUGUGUGAACUGUAGCACACAAGUGAGGAUCUCCGUAAAGCAUGCUUCGAGAACCAGAAAU